GGGAUCAAGCCACUCGCCUCGCUGCUUCCCGCGCGCUCCGCCCCGCCGCCCCUGUAGCCGGCGUGAAGACACUGAAGAAGCUGGUGCCCGCUGCCCUCCAGUUUCACGGCCCGGGCCCACGAACGCCUCCUGCAGCGGUCGCCGGCCACCGCCUCAAAUGCGACCCCUCCUCACCGGCUGCUGCAGAGAGACACGACGGGUUCGGCUCUCGCUAACUAGGACAGUCGUUGGAGCCCUCCGAGCCCUCCCGGACUAGUUUCUCUAUCCAGGGCGCGGUGCAGGCGGCAAUGUUCCCGCGGAGGCUGGCGGGCGCGGCAGCGGCGCUGGCGGCGCGCGCGGUGCCGCGGGGCGGGGGCCUCCUCGCCCUGCUGGCCAAUCAGUGCAGCUUCGUGACGGGCCUGCGCGUGCGGCGCGCGCAGCAGAUUGCGCAGCUCUACGGCCGCCUCUACUCGGACAGCGCGCGUUGCGUCCUUCUCGGCCGCCUGUGGCGCCGGCUGCGGGCCCGCGCCGGCCAUGCCUCGGCCGUGAUGGCGGCGCUUUCCGGCGUCUUCGUGUGGGACGAGGAGCGGAUCCAGGAGGAGGAGCUGCAGAGAUCAAUUGAUGAGAUGAAACAAUUGGAGGAAAUGUCAGCCGUGUUUCAGAGCCCCAGGGUUGAGUGCCACCCUCCAGAACCAAAAUCCCAAACAGGAGGGAAUGAAGAUUCAGGGAGCAAAGAACAACCAUGGGAAAUGGUGAUGGAUAAGAAACACUUUAAGCUGUGGCGGCGCCCUAUUACAGGCACCCAUCUUUACCAGUACAGAGUUUUUGGAACCUACACAGAUGUGACACCCCGGCAGUUCUUCAAUGUUCAGCUGGAUACAGAGUAUAGAAAAAAGUGGGAUGCCCUGGUAAUCAAGCUAGAAGUGAUUGAGAGGGACGUCAUCAGUGGUUCUGAGGUUCUUCACUGGGUAACACAUUUUCCUUAUCCAAUGUACUCACGGGAUUAUGUUUAUGUUCGGCGGUACAGUGUGGAUCAGGAAAACAAUGUGAUGGUGUUGGUGUCACGUGCUGUGGAGCACCCUAGUGUUCCAGAGUCUCCAGAAUUUGUAAGAGUCAGAUCAUAUGAAUCCCAAAUGGUUAUCCGUCCCCACAAAUCAUUUGAUGAGAAUGGCUUUGACUACUUGUUGACAUACAGUGACAAUCCCCAGACUGUGUUUCCUCGCUACUGUGUUAGUUGGAUGGUUUCCAGUGGCAUGCCAGAUUUCCUGGAGAAGCUACACAUGGCCACUCUGAAAGCCAAGAACAUGGAGAUCAAAGUAAAGGACUAUAUCUCAUCUAAGCCUGUGGAAAUGGGUAGUGAAGCCAAGGCCACCACCCCAUCUUCCGAGCGGAAGAAUGAGGGUAGUUGUGGCCCUGCCCGGAUUGAGUAUGCUUGAAGGGCUUUGGGAUAAGAAGGGACAGGCUGCUUCUAGCCCUGUCUCGGUCCCUAUCACUCUGCUACAGAACAGGGACGUUGUACUGGAAGAUGUCUGUGAACACCAGUGCCAGAUAAUUUAAUAGCUGGUGUCAGAUUUCAUUCAGAGCCUUCUUAGCUCUUUAUCAAAACAAGAAGAAGGCAUCUAUGGGGGUGUUGUCAGAUUCUCAGGCCAAGCAUUUUGCAAUUCAGUAUUCCAGUGAGCUAAUCUGGAACAAACCGCACCUCAGGCCAGAAGGGGACGACUUGUUUUUGCUUCCUCUGAAUAUUUCCUCUGCCAUCAUUCCAGUUUCCACCAUCAGUUCUGCAGCAUUUGGACUUCUUUUAGUCCGAAGGUCCAACUGGAAAGUGAAGUUGGCCGGUCGAUGGUUCAGUGAGGGGUCACUGGGAGUGCUCUUGUUACUGUAAUAGCCGCAGUGUUCAGGGGAUUCCAGCUGUUGCUUGGCAGUGUAAGUGCCUUGUCCUCACCUUGCUUCCAUCUUUAGGGACAUAAAGUAUGCACCAGGAAAUGUCUCUCUUCGCCUGCCAGAUACCACCCAUUGACUACACAGAGCGUUUUCCUUUGGAUUGGCCAGUUCUUACAUUCAUGCACUAUGUUGAUUUGGCUUGGCGCCUUGUUCCUCAGUCUAUUUACCAAGAACACUGGAAAACACAUUCUUUCAGACAGUGCUUUCUGUACUAUCACUGUUUUGAUAGGAUCUGUGGAGAUGUUCAAAACAUCCUACAUUAAUAUAUUUUUUUAAUGGUUGUGUCAAAAAGUAGGAAUUGGGGAGUUGAAUAGAAUUUCUCUAGUCCCAUUGUCUAGAAAGUAAUAUUUUGAUUUAGGCAUUAUUUUUCACACUUCAUGUUUGACUGGAUGGCAAGGACUCACCCAUCUCAGAAGGCCAACGGCAGAAGUGUGGGACUGGGCCCCUCCCUGGAGCUCUUGGCGCUGUAGACAAGCUCUGUGAACCAGUAGAUGAAAUCCUGCCCCAGACACCAAUGUAAUGGAUGUAUGUGACUCUCUUGUUCCUCUGAAAGUUUUCCCUCCUCCCUUCAGGCUAAAACAAGAGCAAACAAGGCUGUUUGGAAGAAGUCACAGUCAGACGGUGUCAGUUUGGCCUUGCUGAUUCUGCAUAUGGUCAUGCUACCAUCUGAUGAGAGAACAGAGAUCAAGUUUUAAACCCCCUACCACCACCACCUUUUUUAUAUAUAUAAUUUAAAUGACCGCAUUUUCCCCUUUUUUUCCUACUUGGAUCUAAACCUGAGACUAACUUAAGCCCCUAAACGUUUUUGUUGCCUGUGAAGUUUGGUGCCAAGGGAAUAACUGCCCGGUGUUUCCUGUCUUGCCUUCUCUGAGUCUUGCAGAGCAGAGAUGCAUCGAGCAGCCCCAGCUUCUUUCAUUGAUCAGUUUUUUUCCCCUCACCUCUAGGAUCUGACAAGCCAGGGAGAGGCCCUGAGUUAUGUCUACACAUACGCCUGUGAUUGUCGGGCGUGGGUGGGUAUGGGAAUGGUGUGUAUGAUGCAGAAGUUGAGCUGGGUGUUGCUCAUGUUCUGAUUUUGGGAAUUUGACUGCAUUGGGGUCGGUCUGUACAGUUACUUAUGUCAUCAUAAUUAUUUCACAUCUAACUGAUAUUUUUAUCAAAUGUGUGAAUAAAUAUAUAAAUAUUGGU